AUGCUGGAAUGGCUCGUAGCUUUGUGUAUUGGGAUUCUGGUGGCCGUUAUUUGGCAAGCUUCGAAAUAUUUUGGUACUCAUGGCGAGCCAGACGCACUCCUCCAGGGGCUCGGAAUUUCACGGCGGCAAACGAAGGAGAGGGUCUCGGAGAGGUGCGUCUCAGACCGGGGGGUCCCGGUGGACGGUGCUAAUGCCCAAACACCGGACGGGGCUGGUGAGAAUAAAGUCCCCGCUGUUGCGCUGAUAUGCAAACCCUCGGCGCUGGCCAACUAUCUCCUCAAACACUGCAGGACUUUCAGCAAUUUCACAGCGUGCACUGGAUGGACUUGGCGGGCGAGUGCGUUUCUUCAGACCGUCUACGGCGCGUGCUGGCCGUACGAGAGCCCGGCGUAUUUCGUGCGGGACUACCUGCAGUUGAGCGACGACGGUCUCGUGGCGCUGGACUGGGCAGUGUCGGUGGCCGGUGCGUCGUACCAGAAACGGAGGAGAACCUCGAGUAAUUCCACGAGCCCCAUCCUCCUCAUCAUACCCAACUCUUUUGGGAAAAUCACUAGAAAUGUGCUGAAGGUAGCCUAAAGAAUGAAUGAUGAAAUGUCAUGCAAUAUAUGCUCAUAACCAGGCUUGUUAAAAUAAUAAUAUGCCAUUUAGCAGACGCUUUUAUCCAAAGCUACUUACAGUCAUGUGUGCAUAUAUUUUUACGUAUGGGUGGUCCCGGGGAUCGAACCCACUACCCUGGCGUUACAAGUGCCAUGCUCUACCAAUUGAGCUACAGAGGACCACCCAUACGUCUUGCUUUCUCCAGAAAAGUUAAACAGCGAUUAGUCUUAUGGUCUUAAUGGGGGCUACAUUAUGCUAAUUGUCUUGCUCCUUUUUACCUCUGCUCUGACAACAUAGCUGUUACUUAGAACAUAGCUUACAAUACUAUGGAUGUCUAUUGGGGGCUGUUGUGGACAUAGACAUAAUAUUUAUAUCAGCUCUAGACAUCAGCUCUACACUGUAAAGGGGUUCAUGUCAAUUUGACAGUAGCUUACAGGCAGCUUGGUGGCAAGGAAAAUUCUGUAUUUCAUAUAACAUUACACCUACUGUAAUAAUACGGUAUCAAAGCAAGUACUGUAUAAUGACAUGCAGUGAAAUACCAUAAAAUUGACUGUAUUAUACUGUAAAAAAGUAAAAUGCUACUGUAAUCUGAAUGAAUGGAUGGGAUGAAUGAAAUUCAUUAAGGGGAGGGGUUUGUAUUUCACAGUAUUUUACUGUAAUUAUAAGGGAUUAGUGCAAGCAGGUUGGCUGCUAGGUAAAGUGUUUCCAUAUUACAGCAUAUAAAUGAAUAUUUGGUAUUUUAUAUCACUUGCACUUCUAGAGGCCUUAACAAAGGAUUCCAUACAGGCAGCAACUACAGCGCAAAACAGACCAAAAGGACAUAACAAAAUACUCAACCAUUUAAGGUUUAAGACUUGCUGCCAUUCCAAUCUGUCCCCAAUACAAAUUGAUGGGGCACUAUAACCAGAAAGGAGUUAAAUUGUUACAGCAUUCUCACUCAUGGGUGCAACAAAUAUAGCCUCUUACAAGGCAUGCCUCAAAAUAUGCUAAUGUUUCAGAAACAAUACCGUGCACCCACUAGUGGUCAAAAGGUUUUUGGUGCUCCUAAGAUACGGUACGGUACUGUAUUCUAUGGGGUGGAAUUACAGUACUAUUUGAAAUACAGCAAUUCUUUCCCCGCCCACAACAUUUUCCCACAAUGCACCAUAAUUUACAGUAUACUGUAGCAAAACAUUUCAGAGUAUUUUACUGUUGAUAAUUCCCCAAAUUACUGUAUAAUUCACAGUUUUCCUUACAGUGUAGUUAUUAUGACUUAUUUGGUAACAUAACAAAGCCUGUCUCAUGGUCAUACAAUUCACUGCUAUACCAUUAAUUGUUGAAGGUUCAAUCUAUGAAGUUUUUUGUUGCAAUUACAUAAACAGUGAAAGUAUGUCUAAUUCAGCAUUGCAGUUGUGUAAAAAAAGGAGGUUGGACAAGAUAUGAGAAAGUACCAGUGCCAAUGCGUAUUCCCAUUGAGCAUGGGGGGCAUCUUGGUUCAAGUCAGUCUUGGCAAGCUGAGGAGGAGAGCAAGAAAGUGAACAACAAGAGCACAGUGCCAUGCGUUAAAACCAGGGCUUCAAUACAAUGAUUGUGAAGGCUUUGCUCUGCCUUGGCGGGCUGUGAGUGAAAGGAUCACAUCACUGCAGCUGCACUCCCAAUAGCCUAGUCCCAUAUCAUUUUGUGCUGUCUUGCCAACUCAUACCAUUAUCAGCAAGACAGCACAAACUGAUUUGGGACAAGACUACACUCCAAUGCCCGUUAGCCUUAUAAUGAGUCACUGUGCCCUGCGGUCCAGGCAAUGUUGCCACAUUCAAUUGACACUUUCUACCCCAAACAAAUCAAAAACACCUGCCCAAUCCACUAUAAAGUAGCCCAAUCGAGUGUAAAACCGUCCAAUCUGGCUUGCAUUGUUCCGAGCCUGAUUUAUGUACUCCGUUACUUUUGUGAGCAACAAUAAGUCACAACCUUGACUGCCAGCACCCCCUACUAGCCUAGUCUGUCAACAAUGGGAGCAUUCAUAGGCGCUGAUUCACUAUAAACAGCCUUUCAGCAAUCAGCAGAAGAAAGGGAAUUUAGACUAAGGUUUAAGUGAAUGAUUUUGUUUGUAGCCUAGUGAGAUGAGGGAGGAAGAGAUGGAAGGGGGAGAGGGGGAAAUUGGAAGAAUGAGAGAUGCGAGAGGGAGAUUUGGAGAAAGAUCAGUUCUGUCAGAUGUGACUUUACUAUUUUCUGGGAGAUGGAGAACUGAAGAAAAGGAAUUUGGAGUAAAAGUUCAAGUGAAUGAUUUUUAUGUCUGUGGUCUAGGGAGAUGGGGGAAGAAAGAGAGAGGGGGAUAGGUGGGAGAUAGAGAGGGAUAUGGGAAGAAAAAGAGAGGGGGAUAGGUGGGAGAUCGAGAGGGAUAUGGGAAGAAAAAGAGAGGGGGAUAGGUGGGAGAUCGAGAGGGAUAUGGGUAGAAAGAGAGAGGGGGAUGGGUGGGAGAUAGUGAGGGAUAUGGGAAGAAAAAGAGAGGGGGAUAGGUGGGAGAUCGAGAGGGAUAUGGGUAGAAAGAGAGAGGGGGAUGGGUGGGAGAUAGUGAGGGAUAUGGGAAGAAAAAGAGAGGGGGAUAGGUGGGAGAUCGAGAGGGAUAUGGGAAGAAAAAGAGAGGGGGAUAGGUGGGAGAUCGAGAGGGAUAUGGGUAGAAAGAGAGAGGGGGAUGGGUGGGAGAUAGUGAGGGAUACAGGAAGAAAGAUAGAGGGGGAUAGGUGGGAGAUAGAGAGGGAAAUGGGAAGAAAGAUUGAACUAAAGGUGAAUUCUGUCAGAUCUGACUUUCCUUUUUCCUGGGAGACUGUGUGAGCAUCACAGCGAGACAGAGGGUGAUGGGAUGAAAGGAAGAAAGAGAGAGCGAGAGGUAGAAAGAGAAAGAGAGAGUGAGUAAAGGCAAAUUCUGUUAGAUGCGUCAUUUUUCUUUUGUCUUUCUGGGUCAGCUCCAAUUGUGUGUGUUUGUGUGUGUGUUUGUGUGUGUGCAUGAGUUAGGUAAUGACAGCUUUUGUGGGUGGUGCUUAGGAGGUUCUGUCACUGAGGCAUUGUGAGGUGACACCAAUUAAGACUGCACCUUUCACAGCAGAGAAACGACCCACUGCACACAGCUUUGUGUGUGUGUGUGUGUGUGUGUGUGUGUGUGUGUGUGUGUGUGUGUGUGUGUGUGUGUGUGUGUGUGUGUGUGUGUGUGAAAGAGGGAUUCUGAAAGAGAGAGAGAGAGAGAAAGAGAGAGAGAAGGAGAGGGAGAGAGAGAAAGCAGAUAAGAAGAGACUGGGAGAGGAAGAGAGAGAGAGCGAGAGGAUAACAUGAGACAGUGAGAGGAGAGAGAGAGAGAGAGGAUACGAAGAGCCAGGGAGAGGUAGAGCGAGAUAAGGAGAGAGAUGUAUUUUGAGAGAGAGAAAUCAGUGUGUGUUUGGGCAUCAUUCUUUCUAGAUGAGACAUUGUCAUCCUUUUUCAUAAUGAGAUUGUCUUUGUUUUACCCCCUCCCACAUUUUAUGUUAGUUGGGUGUAUACUGUAGCUUAUAGGCCUACAUUACAUCACAGCAAACUCACACACCAUAGAAGUGUCUAGAAACAGAUGGUGAAUGGCAGGUGUUACAGCUUGCGUCCCAAAUGGCACCCUAUUCAAUAUGUAGUGCACUAUAUAGGGAAUAGGGUGCCAUUUGGGAUGCAUCCCUAUUCUUGCUCGGUCUUCCUGGCCUGGCUAUACAGUAUGCAAAGUAUGCAAAGUUUGUGGUGGAUGAUUUGUUAUAGGACAGUUAUAGGUUUUAUGCCCUCUCCCUCCCUGACGGCCCUGAGUUGUAGCCAGCUUUGUUUCAUUCCAAAAAUGUUUUAACAUUAACUUCCAAAUGCAGAUCUGAGACGACUGGGUUGGUAUAAGCAUUGAGCUUCAAAUAGUUUUCACCAUAUUGCUUUCGCCUAUCCAGUACUGUCAGAUCUGUGAAGGAGAUUAGAGAAGGACCGAGAGAAGGGAGGGAACAACAUGGUGGAGUGAAAUGGGUCCCAUGACUCCUGUAUGCUCUCUUUAAGGUCAGACAUAGAGCCAAAGGUGAGCUCACGUCUGAGUGUGGAUUUUACAGCCUGGUGUCCAGACACAGGACACCAUACUGUCUACUACACAUUUAUUACACAAUUAGUCAAGACAGUGAGUAAGACUGAACUAUGGUAAAUCGGAGCUAGACAAAUGCCUAAUUCAUAAAACACACAUUCUGUGCAUUCUUCAAAAUGAACCCUGUCUUCCAACAUGGCAGAAGUCCAAGUUCUGUGUUAACUCACGCAUUGUUGCACUGCUGUGUAAGUUGCUAUAAGCAUUUAAUCAAAAUAGUAAUGCUGAUGAUGAACUUGACUGUGAUACCCAUCCAGUAUGAUGACUUUGCCUCUGCGUUUAAAAGUGAUGAUGUCAUUUCUACUUCCUCUAUUUCUACGGUUGGUCGAGUCAGAGACAAGUACAUUUGGUCUUGUUCACAGAGCUGUGUUCAGGCUGAAUGGUGGACCUUUAGUAUUUGUGGGAGUUUGUGAGAGUUUGGCAUCGUUCGUCUGAAGAAUGUGGCAGUGUGUAAAUGUGUGUGCAGACGCAUGUGUAGGAGUGUGUGCAGGGGUGUGUACAGGAGUGUGUGUGGCAGAAUGUACUGUAGGUGUUUGUGCGGGCGUGUGCAUGCUUCUGAGUGACAGUGUGUAGGUGUGUGUCUGCGACUAUACAGGCAUGAGUUUGUGUGUGUGUGUGGGCGUGUGCAUGAUGCCCUGUUUCUCGGGUCUCUGUGACAAGAAUUCCUCAUUGGCUUGACACUGGCAGCACAGUCCAGAGGGAAAACAAAUGGAGGACUGGAGCAAAGUUAACCUGCUUUAUACCUUACCAUCAUGUUGGAAAACAGCUGUACUUCAAUGACACAGAGAGAGAGAGAGAGAGAGAGAGAGAGAGAGAGAGAGAGAGAGAGAGAGAGAGAGAGAGAGAGAGGGAGAGAGAGAGAGAGAGAGAGAGAGAGAGAGAGAGAGAGAGAGAGAGAGAAGUGUGCUCUUGCAGGUUUUUCAGCUCUUUAAAUAUUUAAUGCAGUAAUCUGUUACACCUCCUCUUGGUCUCUCUAGUCUCUAAUCAUUGUCUUCUCAUAGCUCUGUGAAGCUGUACAUUCAUACUCUGUGUGUGUGUUUGAAAUGGCACCCUAUUCCCUUUAAAGUGCAUUACUUUUGAUAGGGAAUAGGAUGCCAUUCCAGAUGCAGCUUGUGUUGGUGUUGUUACAGUUCAUAGUCAGUUGAAACAUUCAAUGUUGUAUUAGAUUUAUGUAGGGCUUUUCCAAAGACCUCACAUACUCUGACCUCACAGUUCAUAGUCAGUUGAAACAUCAUGCAUUAAUGGAUUAAUGUAUGCAAAUAUUGCUUUUACAUUGACCUAACACUAUGUGAGCUCACACUGACCGCUGUGUCGCCAUCUGUCUGUCCCUCUGCUACCUCCAGCUUUGAUGAUGUAACAGUUCAUACUGUAGUGAGGUGAAACAUGUAAUGAUGGAUUGGACUUUACUGCUAUGUCAGUUCAAUUCAAUAAAGGUCUUUAUUGUCAUGAAUUACAUUAUGUUCUGUUUCCUGUCCUUCAGCUCUGUGAGGUGGCGUUGUCCCACGGCUACCUCCCCGUGGUGUUUAACCGGCGCAGCCACAACGCCACCCCCCUCAGCACCGUCAGGCUGCAGCAGUUUGGCGACCCAGGGGACCUACGCGAGGCCGUGCGUUACGUCCGUUACCGGCAGCCCGUGAGCCGGCUGUACGCGGUGAGUGAGAGCACGGGGUCCGGCCUCCUCCUCUCCUACUUAGGAGAGUGUGGUUCAUCCAGCUACGUGACGGCCGCCGCCUGCCUCUCGCCAGUGUUCCGCUGCCAGAGCUGGUUCGAGAACGGACCCAUCUGGCCUCUCCACUGGGCUCUGGUGACUUACCAGAGGAUAUGUCUCAGCAGGUAAGGGAUGGAGGGAAGGGGGGAUGGAGAGGGGAGGAGAGGAAGGAAGUGGGGAUGGUGGGAGAGGGGAAGAGAGGAAGCGAGGGGGAUGAAGAGAGAGGGUAGGAAGGAGUGGAAGCGAGGGGGGAUGGAGGGAGAGGGGAGGAGAGGAAGGAAGGGGGGAUGGUGGGGAGGGGAGAGAGGAAGGGAAGGGGGAUGGUGGGAGAAGGGGAAGAGAGGAAGCGGAGGGGGAUGAAGAGAGAGGGGAGGAGUGGAAAGGGCGGGGGGAUGGAGGGAGAGGGGAGGAGAGGAAGAAAGUGAGGAGAGGGAGGGGGAGGGGAGGGGAGAGGGGAGGAGAGGGGAGAAGGGGAGGAGGAAGAGAGGGGGGAGGGAGGGAGGGGAGGGAGAGAGGGGAGGAGGGAGGGAGGGGGGGGAUGGAGGGAGAGGGGAAGGGAGGGAGGGAGGGGGAAAGGAGGGAGGAGGGAGGGAGGAGGAGGGAGGGAGGGAGGGAGAGGAGGAGGGAGGGAGGAGAGGAAGAGAGAGGGAGGGUGGAGGCGAGGAGGAGGAGGAGGGAGAGGGGAGGAGGGAAGGAGAGGGAGGGGGGAGGAGAGGCGGAGGAAGGGAGGGGAGAGGAAGAAGGGAGGAGGGAGGGAGGGAGGAGGAGGGAGGGAGGGAGGGAGGGGGAGGGAGGGAGGGAGGGAGGGAGGGAGGGAGGGGGACAAACACACAGGGUAGGGAGAGGUUAGGGAUGGAAAGGGAGGGAUGGAGGGCGAGGGGAGGGUGGAGAGAGAGAGAGAGAAACCAGAUUGAGAAGUGGAGAAGAAAGGGAAUGAUGUCACAUACCCUGAUAUUAUAGGAUUUGAUUAAAAUACAAUACCAUAACCAUGGCAACCGCUGCCCACUGUGGUAUUGAUCUAGCGGGGCAUCGGGACCCUUGUGGUUUCACAAUCAAUGCUAACAAGGAUGUUAUAGAGCCAUGCAGCUCUUCUAGAUUGAUUUACUGAUUGUACUUGUUUGUGUGUGGGUGUUGUGUGUGUGUCUCUCUGUUUGUGUGUGUAUGUGUUCAUGAACAUGUGUGUGUGUGCUUGUCUGGGUAUAUCUAGGUACAGGACAGUGCUGGGUGAGACAGUGCACACCGACGCCCUUUUCUCCAGCUGUUCCCUGCGUGGCCUGGAGGAGGUGCUGUUCUGCCAGCCGCCUGGCCCUAAAGGUGCCCCGGCCCUAGCAGCGGGCACCAGCAGCAGCAGUGGGGGAGCCUGGGAGGCCUACUGGGAACGCAAUGAACCCCUCCGGGACGUAGACGAAGUCGCCAUCCCUGUUCUGAGUGUCUGUGCUCAGGAUGACCCUAUCAGAGGAGACCCCCAGUCCACCCUACCCCUGGAACUCUUUGAGAGCAACCCCCACUUCUUCCUGUUGCUGACCACCAGAGGGGGACACUGUGGCUUCAACACCAAGGAAGGGAGCGCUUUCUCUGAGGGAGGGACCUUUGGAGGGACCCCUGGGACUAGCUGGAGCCACCGGACCCUGCUGGAGUUCUUCAGGGCCACCACAGACUUCAUUGCAGCUGAGGAGAGGGCUAAGCAGGCUGCCAGACGGAGGGGCAUGGGGGGUAGUAGCCAAGGCAAAGCCUUCAGACAUCGUAGUGUUAGUACCUGUAAGAGGCUGCCCGCAUGCUCACAUAAUAUACAUGCUAUCUACAACUGGCAGAGGUCUUAUACACGAUGA